UCCGUCACAAUCACCACAGUCUAUGUUAGAUCGGGAUUUGUGCUGUAGUUAAAGGAGUCCCAUUCCAAUGCAGUUCGUUCGAGGUUCUGGAGGGAGAAAGUUUUUAGGAAUUUUAUAUCUACCAGUUAUUGCGUCGAGCAGCUUGCAGCAUAAAAGAUAUUAAGGGAAAACGCUAACGAAUAUGGCUUGCGAGAGUGUGAAUGGCAAUUGGAAUCUCCGUGAAGCCUCUUGUGGUUGUCAGCCAAGUCGUUGUCUGAUUUUGUCCUUGGUGUGGUUAUUUUGCUGUUAGAGGUCUUGUUCCAAGGGUGAGUCAUGGACACCGAUGCGCGAUUUGAAAUUACGCCGAAUUCACUGAAGGAAUUAUGUAAGGCUCUGAAAUUGUACACAAGCUGCCCUGAGCUUAACGAAGUUAUUCAUCUUCAUCAGAAGGUAUAUCCGAUCAUCUCUUCUGCAUGGAUUCGACGGAGACAGUAAAGAUUGGCAAGCAAUGCCAUUCUUGUUCAAGAAUAGUGCUGCACCUGUGCUUCAUCUCGCGAGUAAUUUGAGUAAUUUCAUAGGAGCUAGUGUUGGGAAAAUUGUCAGACGAUAGUGCUGUGCAAAUGAAAGUUGAUGGUAUUCAGAAGAUUCAAAACUUGGACGAAUACACGGGAUUGCGCACAGUGUACCUUGAAUGUAAUGCUGUUUCAAAGAUGGAAAAUUUGGAGCCGCUUGUCAAUCUUCGAUGCUUAUACUUGAACCAAAACUUGGUGGAAGUUGUUGAAGGGCUGGAAACGUUGAAAUACCUUGAAAUCAUCGAUCUGGCAGAUAAUCUGAUAAAGAGUGUUGCAGGAUUAGCUUGUUGUCCGGGGCUGCGCCAAUUGAAUCUGUCUGGAAACAAGAUCAAAACUGCUGAAGACAUCGCUCACCUCCAGGAUUGCAAAGCCUUGCAGUUGCUCGAUCUCUCCAACAACAAGAUCGACGACGAGGAAGCCUUGGAGAUUAUCCGCAGCAUGCCUUUGCAUCUCCUUCGUCUGUGCGGCAACCCCAUUGUGUCGAUUGCUGAACACUACAGAAAAUUAACAAUUUUUGCUAUGCCGACGCUAAAUUACUUGGAUGAGAGUCCAGUAUUUGAGAAAGAGCGGCGUCUGGCGGCUGCUUUUACACAGGGUGGCAUUGAGGCAGAAAAACAACAACGAGAGGAUUUCAAGAAAGAAGAAACUGAAAAGAGGGCAAUGCAUCGGAAAGCUUUCCAGGACCUAGUUGAGAAAUGUAAAGGACAUCAGCCAAGUACUGCUAGAGAUUUUGCUGAUAAUGUGUACGAGACACUUAAAAAAGAGGCCAGAGAACGUGAUUUACAUACUCUUGGCUGCUAUCCAGCUUGUAAAACAGUGUUUACUUCCUUCGAUCGACCUACGCCUUCUACACCCAUUACGCAUUCAGUUGCAAAGAAAAGAGGGGCAAACCAACUCGAUGAAGAUGAUAAGAUAGAAUCACCUCAAAAACUGCUGAAAAUAACCUCUUCUUCUGAAGACGAAAUGGAGGUUGAGGCCGCAGUUAGUCGGGCUGCUCGAGAUUUUAUGGACUUCGAUUGUGGCCUAAUACCAGCAGUAGAGAUGGAGGAAUGCGCAUACGAGAGAAGUGAUGAAUCGACGGUUGCAGAACUUAAUAUCCCUAUAGAAGAAGAUUUUGAAGUAGAACCAAGUAUGGUGAUUUCUCCCUCGAAGGACAACCCUGACGACACGGAGGACCCAUGGCUGCGGCUAGUUCCAGACCUACUCAGGGAAUGCGUGGAGAAGGAGAGGAUGCACAAAAAGAACCGGAUGAAGAAAGUGUUACAAAAGACUGCAUCGGAUGCAGAAGACGGCUCGGAGUCCAGAAAGCGUUUCAUGCAAGGUCCAGAUUUUGUUGGAGAAGGAAACAAUGCUUCUCCUUUGCGUUCUUCAAGGCCCGUCAUAUGGGGCAGCGCCAUCUACCGAGGAUUGUGGGCCAAGGCUGUCAACAUUAAUGACAAUGUGGAACCGGAAGCAAUUCCUCUUAAUUCUUUGGUGCUUUCAACGCCAGAUAUCAGCUAUGGCGCUUGUAUCUCAACGGACGAUCUGUAAAGCAGGUCAAAUUGAACACGAACAAAUCAUGUUUACUUACGUCUUACAGAUGGAAUAUUGGUGUUUGUAAAGUGUAUACAACGUGGUACCUGAAAUCAAUGAAUUUACUCUUCGGGUGUUUUGGUGACUUUAGCAGAGUGAUUUCUUUUCAAAUUUUGUAGUUGUAUGAAGUGUCUAAUUAAUAGUGUCGAAUCUCUGCAUGAAUAUAGUUUUUUGAGCAUCGUAGUUCAUAACUAAGCAUUUUAUUAACAUAGUGAACAUACAAGGUCAAGAUCAAUAAACAGAAUAGUUUAUUAUUAUUAUUACUUAUUAUUUAUAUAUUUGAAUUAUUAUUAUUUGAGCA